UCAUUCCCGUGUACGUGUGCGCACCGUGGGCAGCGGGCGGGGUGCUCUUCUCGCGGCCGCCUCAGGUUGUAUAAUAGCAUCGCUCUCGGCGCCUCGCGAUAACCGGCCGACGGAUAUGGAGAGCGCAAGGGAGGCUCGCCGACGGAGGAUCUUGGAGCGUGGGACCGACCGCCUCGCCUUCAUUGCCGGCCAAGCCCGGUCCAUCCCCGAUUCAUCUCCUCCUCCGUCUCCUUCUCCUCCACCUCCGAAGGAAGCGCAUCCUAAGACCUCCGUUGCCCCUCUUAGCGAGGAUGAUGGAGCUACCAUCUCUCGUUUUUCUGACCAAUACAGAAGCCAAGCCAGUGGCCCAGCUGGGGAAAGAACAGAACCAGCUGGGGAAAGAACAGAAAGUGAGAGAAGCCAUGUAAAAGCUCUGGCAAGUGAUGAAAUGCAUGGUGACAAGAAGGAAGAUGAUAUUUGCACGUGCGAAUCAGGGAACGAAGCUAAAGCGAAGACAGUGCAAAGCGGUAGGGAUUCUGAACUGCUGACCAGUGCCAUGGCGCCGAGGUCAUCCGAUGAAGUUGUGGAUGCAGCUUUACCUACAGCGCCAAGGGUGAAGAAACAGCUGAUGUUCUCGUCAAAGCAAGUCAGUCGUUCCAUUGCAGCUUCUGAAAAUAUACGGUUGAUCGGUGCAGUCGUGAUAGCUCUUUUGGUCAUCCUGUCGAACCAUGGAUAUGCUUUUGGUGGUGCAGUCAUGGGAAGCAUCUUGAACUUUCGACCAUUGUUCCUCGUUAUGCUGACUGAUGUGACCGUUGUUCUCGGGCUGCUGAUAACAAACCACGGAACUGAUGCGAAAGAAAACGAGAAAGCAAGGACUGGAAAACAGGAGCAUGGUUGGCCAAGCAACAUAGGUGAUGCAUUGGAGGCGUGGUUGAUGAUUCGGACAGUUUCGAGCGCUGUCUUCAUGGAUUGCAGCAUAUGUGCUGUUAUCAUGAUCGCUGGCCUCUGCGUCUGAGUAUGCGUGGAUUUAUGUUGGUUAGCCAUGUGAAACACAAUCAAGCUUGUUGGUUCAUGUGGUGGUUUGUGUUCACAGUAUAGUAUGGUAUUACUUCAUGACACGAGUGAUCUUUCUGAGGACUCUGGGCACAGAUCUGUUUGGUUCAUAGUGGAGUAUUCACUGUUUGGUUUAUGGUAUACGUUUAUGCUACAAUGCCUAUUUGAUUUCUAAUCGAGUCGACAUAAUGCUACUA